CAGCUGGAGCCAUGGAGAGGCAGGAGUACAGCCUGUGCUCGGCUCCGAGCCUGCGAUGCGGGAAGGAAACGGACCUGGUGCCUGUGUGCGAAAGCUGCGAGACCUGCGUCCUAGCCUGGAGGAUCUUCUCCACCAAGGAGUGGUUCCUGCGAGCCGGCGCGCUCACCCGCAGCAGGUUCCUGCAGGGCAUCGUCAAGCGUUUUGACAGCUUCAGUUUACUCUGCUACACCGAGAGGCUCCUGAGAGUGACCCAGGAGAAGGAUUUUACUUACGUGCGCUCCGAAAUCACCUACAGCCUCAGCGACCGGAAUGCCUCCAGCUCCAAUGGCGCUCUGGAUCCGUGGAGGCUAGAGCAAGACAUACAGGACACGUGGUGGUGGUUCGCAAAAAGCAGCUACUGGACUAAAGCAAACUACACUCUGCACUUACUGAAGCUCUGCGAUGCCAAGUUGCUGUUUAUGGUGGCUGACCUGGUGCGAGAACAAACCAUCCUGGCGAGAACAGGUAACCGCAACGUGAGAUCCCCACUGCGGGCGAUCACCGACGUCACGUCGGUCACAUCGCAAGGCCAGAGUCAACCCUGUGGUCAGCUAUCAACUAGCCUGUCUGUCUGCCCCCAAAACAGCGAGUAUGUCUUACAGAAGGGACCUGGUACGGUGGAUAAAUUCUCUACUGCGUCCUUAGUUGCUACAGGUGUCUCCGUGGUUCCAGGAUCUUUCCACUCGGUCUUUCAUAUCAACAAGUACAAGGAUUUCAUUCGCUGCCUGCCAGCUCACCUGUCCAAGUACAUCCUGGGGCUUUUGGAUCGAAAAUCCCUCAGUACAUGUGUGGCUGUGAGUAAAUGUUGGGCUUUUCUGGCCAAGGAAGUCAAGAGGGAACAUGUGUCUCAGAAAAUAAUCCAGGAGGAAAUCGUGUGCUUGCAGGGCUCGUGCCCUCGGGGAGUGGUUUCCAACUAUGCUAAAAUAGUCAAUGUGACCAUUCCACGGUUGAACAAAGACGGAAAUAUCAUCCAAGUGAAAGACCAAAAAUGGACCAGUAAAUUGAAGGAGGAUGAGGAAGAUAGUCUGCAGUUAGCUUAUCAUGGUCUGAAAACUGACACCAUACAGUUGGAAGAAAGAAAUGUCUUCUGUGGCUCCUACAACAUUCGUGUCCUCACGGACCAAUUAGACCCGAACAGAGUAAUCCACUACAGUGGUGGAAACUUGGUAGCUGUUGGUUCUGCAGACCGAAAAGUGAGAUUUUUGGGUGUGCUGGAAAUGAAAGAAGUGCUGCCCAUGCUCUCUGGCCACGCUGGGAGCAUCAGAGCGCUGUACCUCAAUGAGAAGGAAGGAUUCGUUCUCAGCGCAAGCUUUGAUCUCAGCAUCAGAUGCUGGGAUAUAUACAGUGGUGUUUGUACGAAAAUCUUUAACGGUCAUUCGGGGACCAUCACCUGCCUGGAUUUGUUCAAAGAUAAGUUUGUGUCAGGAGCCAAAGACGGGAUGGUGAAAGCUGAAAUUCCACUAAUGGUCAGCGGCUGUGACAAGGGCCUGGUGAAAGUCUGGUACGUGGAGAGCGGCGCUCUGAUCAAAGUGUUAGAAGGGCACCAAGGUCCGGUUAAGUGCUUGUCCUUUGAUCAGUGGCACUUGGUUACAGGAAGCACUGAUGGAUACGCCCUGGCAUGGAGCAUGGUGGGGAACUACAAGAGGUGCCUAACAGCUUUCCGUCACCCAAA